AUGACUAACUUUCUCAUUCCUUCCCCUCAAAAUUCUUUCUGGAACAUUUGUGCUACUUUUACUGCUAUCGCUACUGCUACUGAUGAUAUUGAUGAUGAUGAUGAUGAUAAUGAUGAUGGUAAUAAUAAUGAUGGUGAUGGUGAUGAUAUUGAUGAUGAUGAUGAUGAUGAUGAUGAGAAACAACUGUUGAUAUUUGUUAAAUAG